GCUAUCUUUAGUGGUAGCGGAGUGGAUAACAUUAUCUGUCAUGGAAGCGGAUGGUAUUUUUAGUGGUGGGAGUGGGGGUUGCAGGCUCGUGAGAGCAGCUGCAAAUGUCCUGACACCAUCAGCGCCCUUCCUCCAGAAUGCUCCUCUCUCUCCCAGGAUGCCGGACAGUGUCGGUGUCUGACGUUUACACUGGUCAUUUUAUUUAUCAAAGCACGGGGACACAAGAAGGACAGGACAACUGACCACUGACUUAACUUUCUCAUUAAGAGCUGAAAACUCCAACAUCUUCAAUCGAAAGGGAAUCAGUCAUUUAAAGAAGGACAAUAAGGUCAGCAGAAUUAAAACGUCACCAGCCAUAGAACCGGGGACCGCCGGGCUCGAAAGCAAACAUCUCAAAAAAGAUCCAUUUGCCUCAUUCAACAACAAAAGACUGACAUCAUGGACAUUUUUGGGGGCGCCCCUCGUGUUUUGGGUUACCCACGGCCUGUUUUAGUACAAUGUGGCGCUGACGCCACUCUCAGAUGCCAAAUCGGAGGAGACCCUCGUCCUGAUGUGAUCUGGGAGCGCAAAAACAUCCCGAUCGUCACUGAAGGACGGUACAAGCUCUCAGAGGAGGGAAAGUUCUACCUGCUGAGCAUCCAUGGGGUAAGCGAGACGGAUGCAGGGCAAUACAUCUGCAAAGCCAGAAACAAUGUUGGGGAAACCUAUGCAGCAGCAUCCCUCAAAGUGGAGGGAAAUGACCAGCAACUGGAAGUGAACGGUGUCGAGCAGCACAUCACAGAAAAUGAGCAUAUGAAUGGAACCAGCACAUUGCAGAAUGGAGACCAUAUAGAAGAGAAUGGUGACCAGACGGAAGGGAAUGGAGCACACAAAUUUGACCCAGAGGUUGACUUCACAUCCGAUGACAAACCCAAGUUUCUUCUCAUGCCCCGAUCGUUGCGAGUGGACAGAGGAGAGGAUGCUGCCUUCUCAUGUAAGGUCUGGGGCAGGCCUUUGCCAGAGGUAGUAUGGGAAAAAGAUGGCAAGAAACUGAAUGACAUCUUUGAGAGUGCCCACUUCUGCAUCAGCAUUCAAGACGGAGGAUGGUUCCAUCUCAAGAUUAACAGAACACGCAUGCCUGACAAGGGUGUCUACACCUGCAAAGCCAUGAACUGCAAUGGCGAGGCCCUGGCUGGUGCUGUGCUCCUUGUUGAACCUGUGCCCGAGCGAGAGGAUGGCAGAAAGUCCAACCGGCGGUCGUCAAAACACAUAGAAGAGGAGCUCAGUUUGUCAAGGCUCAGGGAGAAGUCGCCGAUCAGUACGUCAAAGGUCAAGAAGUAUGUAGUGGCAGAGGGGAAACAUGCAAAGUUCCGCUGCUUUGUCACAGGGAAGCCAAAGCCAGACAUCAUCUGGAAGAAGGACAGUGUGCCCCUCAAGCCAGGAAGGCGCCACCUUAUAUUUGAGGACAGGGAAGGUUAUUACACACUGAAAGUUCUGUACUGUAAAGUUCAGGACACAGGACUAUAUGCGUGUGAAGCAUCCAAUGCCCUUGGGGAUACUCUCAGUGCAGUUCACCUGUCAGUCAAAGGCACCCAUGUGCGAUUUAAGCAUCCGUUAAAAGAUUUGGAGGUAAGGGAGCGGAAUGUUGCCGUUCUGGAAUGCGAGGUACCCGAUGAGUCAGUCCUGGCCACAUGGUACCAUGAGGAUCAAAGGUUGAUGCCCAGCAGCAAAUAUAGGAUUGAGCAGCAAGGCACCAGGCGAAGACUAACCAUCCAAGAUGUGGAAGUGGAUGAUGAUGGAGUAUAUCUCUGUGAGAUGCCAGAUGGGGCAAAGAGCAUAGCGGAGCUGUCGGUCAAAGGUAAAAUCGUGCGUAAACUUCCACGAAAGGUGGAAGUGUAUGAAGGCGAGAAUGCUGCAUUCUGUGUGGAAGUGGAGGACGAAGACAUGGAGAUCCUUUGGUUCAAAAAUGGGCUAAAGCUGCAUGAGACACACCAGACAAUUCUCAAGUCUUUUGGGAAAACGCACGUUCUGGUCUUUGUCAACGUGGCCCAUCAGGACUCCGGGGUGGUGACUUUUGUGACGGGAAGAUCGAAAACCUCGUCACGUCUUAAAGUUAGAGCCGCAAGACACCGACCACCAAUUUGUCCACUUGGAGUCAAAAUGGAUUUGGAUGGCCCAAAUGGCGCCCUGCUCUCUUGGGUUGCUGCGCCGGACAACCAGACGACUCGCUCUAUCUUUGUGGUGGAGAGUCAGGAAGUGGGGUCACAAGAGUGGAAGAAAUGCUUUACUUCGGAGAACGCCACCUCAACGGAGAUCCGCAGUGACAGUGUACCACACGAGGGAGACUACCGCUUUAGAAUCUGCUGCAUCAACAAGUACGGCCGCAGUGGCCAUGUCGAGUUUCCAAAAGUUGUCCAUAUGGUUCCAGGAAUAAAGAUUUGCAGUCACCUUCAGGACCUGGAGGUGACAGAGGGAGAGGAUGCUCUCUUUUCCAUCGUGUUGUCAGCCUCAGUAGUUGGUACCUGGUUUUUGAACAGUGCUCAGCUGCAAGACGGCGGACGAUACACAAUAAAACAGUCCAAAACACAACAUAUGUUGGUUAUCCAUGAAACUCUCGCUGCAGAGGACGUGGCAGAGAUCACGUUUAUCGCCAAUGGGGUGCGAAAUUCAGCAGUUCUCAAGGUUAAACCCGCAGUCAUGAAAUUCAGCCCUGUGCUGGAAUCUGACAGGACCAAGAAGGUGGAGACCGGUGACAUCAUUGUGCUCUACUGCGAAGUAUCCCACCCUUCAGCCCAAGUAUGCUGGUUCAAAGACGGUGAGGAGCUGCAGGUGAGCGAUGCCCUAAACAUCCAAUCAGAUGGGAUCAUGAGGAGAAUUGUGAUUCAGUCAGCGGAGAAACAUCACACUGGAGUUUAUACAUGUCAGACAUCGGGGGACAUGAUCACAUUCAUGGUCGAAGUUGCAGGUCCUUCAGUGGAGUUCAUUCCAGCCCCGGAGGAAGACCUUCAUAAAAGCAGCAUGGAACUUGACCCUGUGGUGCUGCUCUGCCAUGUCUCCAGAGAGGAUGCUCAAGUUCUGUGGUACAAGGAUGGUUGUGAAAUCAAACCCAAUGACAACAUCACUCUGCAGGCAGAGGGAACACUUCGGAGGUUGAUUAUCCGUUCUGCCGAAACCUCCGAUGCCGGCAACUACAUCUGCCAAGCGGAAAACAACAGGAUGGAGUUCACCGUUAAUGUUAGAGAACCCCCGGUGAUCAUUGUAGAGCCGAAAGAUGAUGUCAUGAUGGAACGUUACAUUUCGGAGGACAUUCACAUGCAGUGUGAGUUGUCUCGCUCAGCCGGGAAAGUCCAAUGGUUCAAGAAUGGAGAAGAGGUGGAGGAGAGCGGCAAUAUCCAGCUGACCAAAGAGGGUCCCUACAGACGCUUGACCAUUCUCCACAGUACGGUGGAGGAUGGGGGGGAGUAUGUCUGCGAAACAAAUGGGGACUCUGUAUUCUUUCAAUUGAUUGUCACAGAGCCUCCCAUACAAAUUAUUUCCCCCACUGAAUCUGAGCUGAAACUCACUCACCUGGCUUCCACCAAGCUAGAGCUCAACUGUCAGAUCUCACAUUCUGAUGCUCAUGUCACGUGGUACAAAGACAGCUUAGAGGUGGAAGAGUGUCCAAACCUCAUUCUGGAAGUGGAUGGAGCAAAACGCCGGCUGGUUAUACCUGUGGCCUCUGUGAAGGACGCAGGAGAGUAUGUAUGUGAUACUGAACAUGACUCUGUUGCCUUCAUAGUGACUGUUACCGAGCCACCAGUGGCGCUUUCCUGCCCUGAAAACACACCGAGGACGCUGGAGUGUUUUGCAGGGAAGUCAAUCGUACUGGAAGUCAAGGCCUCUCGCCUCAAUGCAGAUGUGAAGUGGCUGCGAAACGGCCAAGAAAUAGAGGGGAGCAACUUUGUGGCCAUCACGGAGAAUGGCUUACUACGUCGUCUUGAAAUCCUCUCGCCUUCUCCAAUGGAUUCUGGCACAUACACCUGUGAUGCUAUAGAUGACAGACUUGACUUCCAGGUUAACAUUUUAGAGCCCCCAGUGAAUAUCUUAAGGAAGUCUGAGAUUCACACAAAUCUCAAGGUAUUACCUUCUGAUGACAUUGUGCUAGAAUGUGAGCUGUCCAGAGAUAAUGCUAAAACCAAAUGGUACAAAGAUGGCUGUCGUAUUGAGUGUGACGGUAGAUUCUGUGAGGAGGAAGAAGGCGCGUUUCGCUCACUUGUCAUUCUCAACGCUGAGCUUGGAGACUCUGGAGAAUACUUUCUGGAUGCUGGAGACGAUAACAUCGGAUUCCAGGUUACGGUGCAAGAGUCUCCGGUGACUAUUGUGGGCAACUCUAAAGAUGCUGACUUCCAGGAGAUGACAACGGGCGAUGACCUAAUACUGGCUUGUGAGUUGUCCCGUGCAAAUGCUCCAGUCCAAUGGUACUGCAAUGACAAGCUGCUUGUCAGUGAUUCCCGCAUCCAUAUAGAAUGCUGCGGGACUCUGAGGAAAAUCAUCAUUUCAAAUGUUCAACCUUCGGAUUCCGGAAAGUACACGUGUGAUGCAGUAGACGACAAGAUGAUCAGUGUUGUUCAGGUUCAAGAGCCUCCGGUGACAUUCCUGAAGAAGGAAGAUGGCAUUGUUGUGACUGGUUAUGAGGCAGAAAGUGUGACCUUGACAAGCUUUGUGUCCAAAGAGAGUGCUCUGGUGCACUGGCUCAAAGACUGGACCCCCAUCGAAGAUGAGCGCUUCCAGGCACUAAUGGAAGGCCACAGGCGUAACCUCACCAUUGCACCUUUGAGGCGCUCGGAUGCUGGCGAGUACACCUGUGAUGUCAAGACUGACCAAAUUCACUUCAGCUUGCUGGUAAAAGGAAUGAGAAUUAAGUUUGUAAAGCCAAUGCAAGACACUGUAGCCCAUGCUGAUGGAAUGGUGACUCUCCGCUGCGAAGUGUGCAAGCCCAAAGCAGAUGUACUGUGGUUGAAAAAUGGCGUGGAAGUGGUUCCGAACAGGAGGUUUUCCAUUCGAGCAGAUGGAGUCGAGAGAUGUUUGACUAUACAUCGUUUGACACGAGAGGAUUCUGGAGAGUACGCCUGCGAAUCCAAAGAUGACCGCACAGCGGCGAGACUUGUAGUAAAGAUGCCUCGGGUGGUUGAGUUUCUUACUGAGCUUCAGAACACCACCGUGCUGGAAGGAGAGGAUGCUACCUUCAAGUGUGUGGUUUCGCCCGAGGAUGUCCAGUUGGUUUGGUUCAUGGACAACGAGGUGAUCAAUCUCAGUGACCGUAUCCAGGUUACACAGAAUGGCUUGUGCCACACCUUAGUGAUGAGGAGGUGCCACAUGUUGGACUGUUCCAAAAUCAGAGCUGAAGCUGAAGGGACAAUGAGCAAAGCAAAUCUCAGAGUGCAAGAGGCUCACGUUAUGUUUACAAAGAAAAUGGAGGCUGUCAUGGCAGAGGAGUUUGGUGAUGCCACCCUGGAGACGGAGAUUAGCCUUGAGACAGGCGAGGUGCAGUGGAUGAGACAGGGGCUGGUCAUCCAGGCCGGGCCACGAUAUUCACUCAACCAAAAUGGAUGUCAACGCAGUUUGACCAUACACAAUCUAAAUCUGUCGGAUCGCGGAACCUACCGUUGUGAGACUCUGCACGACAGGACCCAGGUCAAGCUAAAUGUAGAGCCCCGCAAAAUCUCCAUUCGUAAAGGCCUGAUUGACCAGGAAAUCUUAGAACGUGAGACGGCAUCUUUUGAGGUGGAGUUGUCCCACAUUGACGUAGAGGGCAUUUGGCAGAAGGACGGCAUUCGGGUGAAGCCAAACAACCAGUUUAGGGUAAGCACCAAUGGGCGUGUCCAUGGCCUCACCCUUUCCAGUCUCACCCUGGAGGACACAGGUACCAUUGUCUUCUCAGCCGAAGGGGUGCGCACGACUGCCAGGCUCACAGUCAAAGAGACACCAGUUACCACACUAAAAGCUCUGGUUGAUGUCCGCGUGGAAGAAGAAUUUCCUGCCACUCUGGAGUGCGAAUUCUCUCGACAAAAUAUCGAAGUCAGAUGGUUCAAGAAUGGGACUGAACUGAAGCCAGGCAAGAACUGUCGGAUCUAUUCCAUGGGGCGAAAGAAGUUCUGUCAGAUUCUGCAGUGCUCUCUGGCAGACUCUGGCAUCUACACUUGUGAUGUGGGGGAAAGCAGCACUUCUUGUUCUUUGGAGGUUUAUGCGCACGAGCUGACGAUUCUGCAAGACCUAGAGGACCUUUACAUCCAGGAGGACCAGAACGCAGUCUUCAUGUGUGAGGUUUCCCUAGGCAACGUGAGCGGAGACUGGUAUAAGGACGGCCACAAGAUUCGUCCCACCAGCACUAUCAAGACUCGCACGGAAGGAACUAAACACUUCCUGCUGAUGUGCAAUGUCAAAGCUGAGGAUGCUGGAGAAAUACGAUUUGUUAGCAGAGACGUUGAAUCUUCGGCUUACCUUGAAGUAGAAGAACUCCCAGUGUCAAUUGUCAAACCAUUGCGGGACAGGACAGCUUUGGAGAAACACCGUGUCAUCCUGGAGUGCACCACAUCUUCAGCUAGCUGUAGUGCUACCUGGUACCGGGGCAAGGAGAGGCUUGUGCCCUCUGAUCGAAUGGCUCUCCUCGUCGAUGGUUGCUGUCAUAAACUCGUGAUCCAGCAGGUAGCAGUUGAGGACGAGGGCACAUACAGUAUUGAAGUUGGGGAGCAUACCUCCCAAGCCAAACUCUUGGUGGAAGCCCAGGAGCUUGUGAUCCUGCAAGAGCUGGAGGAUGUGGAGGCAACAGAGAAUGAACCGGCGGUUUUCCAGUGCAAAGUCUCUGUUGCUAUCAGCAGAACCCCAGUUUGGACGCUCAACGGUGAGAAUAUUCAGCCUGGCCCCUCCGUACGCCUGGAGAACCACGGCACUGUGCACAAACUCACACUGAAGCACACUAGUAUGGACAUGAGUGGCGUGGUGAAGUUCAAUGUUGGUAAAGCGAAGAGCAGCGCCAUUCUCACUGUGAGAGCAUGCAAAUGAUCUGAAACUGGAAAGCAGCCUCUAUUUACGAUUUUCAUUGCACUUUUUUUUUUAAAACAGUGAUACUCAUUUUCCUGCUCAAUUUACUCUGUUCAACAGAGGUGGAAAUAUGUCCUACAUGAUCAAUUCAUAAAUUUCACGCCUUAAUCUUCAACUUUCAAACAAGACCCAAGUUACUAUGGGGAAAAAAAUUGAGUCCCCAUUAGAUUUCAAGGAAUUUGGGUCAAGGCAUUACUUGGUUAACCCAAGCAAGUGAUACAAUCUUGUUUACGCAAAAAACGUACACAGAUUAACCACUUGCACUCAUCUAGCUGUAAACCUACUAACAGACCAACAAUGCCAAAACAGUCUCUCUAUUGUCUAUUAGUUUAUUGUCGAAUUAAACCCAUACCUGACAAAAAGCUAUGAACAGCUAGCUAGCUGUUAUUUGUCUAGCUCUGUGAAUAAAUUGCCAAGAAGCUUACCUGU